AUGUGCCCUUUAAUUCCCAACGCCCUUUACAUCAUUAUGUUCCUCACGGGCUUUGGUCAAGAGCCCCGCAAAUUUCACUGGGGAGUAUACCUUCAUAUUCAAAAUCUUUCUGGCGGGAAACCUGCUGGAUACAACUACCAUAUCAAAAGCAUAGGGACAGGAUGGAUGACCGAUCAUGCCCCUACCAAUGGGGUCUUAAUGUCAUUUGUGCUCGUUGGUUUACUCGCUGUCGCUACCAUACCCACCGAGCAUAGGCCUCUCUUCGAGGCCAUCGUAACGAGCGAAGACCACAAGAUCAACGCCGGUGGUAUUACCUGCAGACUUUGGACUUUGGCUGCCCUUCAGCGCCUCAAGGAUGCGAGGUUACUUAAAUGUGCUAGCAUCAGUGACCUGGAGCAAGAAGCCAUAUCGUUUGGGGAAUCUUUCCGGUUGGACGCUGUAGCCGCGAAACUGCCGAGGCCCAUUCAGAACUCACAACUUUGUCAAAUCUAA